AUGCGGAAACGACACGACGGUGUGACCACCGUCCCAACAGGUCCCCAGGAUAGCCACGAGGUUGAGGGCUUUCGUGAAGAGCCUCAGCAGCUUCACCUUAAACCCGAUGCAGAAAACCGAGGAACGCCGCAUCGCCAUCUAGAUAUUUCCAGUUCCAGUUUGCACCCUAUAAACAUAUGGCGGUAUUGUUCGGGAAACAGGAAUGCAUAUUCAGGUCUGUCUUCUAGGCAGAGGCGAGAUCAUGCCCGCAGAGGUCUAUCAAAGCUCGGGGGCGAAGACACUGCAAAGGCCAACCAACUAUGUGUGGAGAAACCCUGCAUGGAGGCAUCAGGGUCUCGAAUGCACAUGCCAAACAGUCGACAAAGGGCACGGUCUUUCGUUCGUCUCCGUGUCCGAAAUCAAAGAAAGCGGCAGGUGAAGAAAGACAAGUUGGGUUUUAUUUCUCGAUCACAAGGUUCACUACGUCGCAUAAUUAGCAUCCCAAGAUUCUCAAGAUCGAGCGCUAGCACGAACUUCAAAGAUGAACAGCGCUUGAGGCCCAAUGAAAAGACCCCAAAAGGAGUGAUUCCAAACGAGGCCCAAGAUUCGCCCGAAUACUCUGCGUCAAGCCAGAGCCCUGGCGGCAGCUCCGUCUCCAAAACCGGGCUACAGAGUUUAAAUCCGGAGUCGCCGCAAAGCGCACGCCGAAGAAAUACUCGAGAUUACAAGAGACGGAAGAAGCUACCUGAUGAUAUUUCAGAUGGCGAAGAAGAAGACUUAGUGAACACACGAUCCGCCAACCGACCUUCCUCCAGUAAAGAAUACGCAUGCCCAUUCUUCAAAGCAUACCCAAGCCAGCAUCUGGGCUGUCGAGACUCAGGAUGGGUCGAAAGACGGAAAGUCAAAGACCAUCUAAAACGGUACCACUAUAACGGCAAUGCACCGUCUGAAAUCCAACAUUCACACUCGUGGGAUGACUGGUAUAGAUUCAUUGUGAAGGAUACAGACCGAGAGGCUCGAGCAAUACCUAACUCCGACCCCAACUUUGUUAGAAUCCUGUGCUACCUUCUUCAAGCAAGCGAGCAGUUGGAAGGCCAAGAAGCGCCAUGUUUUGGUACCCGCAUGUUGAAGCUUUUCCAACAUGCCCAGCGGAAUCCAACAGAGACCGAGUCUAUCAUUCGGGGCAUCGCGGCCAUUCUAGAUCGCCCCUACGAUCCUAUUUCGCUCGAGCCCGAGACUUUCCCAACAGAGAUUACUACCGUGAAUCCAAGCUUCCAAAGUCACCUCCACCAUGCGGACCUUCAAUACAUUUCUGAAAACGUAUACCCCCGUUUAGAUUGGCCAACCGAAGCACCAUCUAUUAGUGCACAUGCUAUUCCAAACGCGGUGCACGAUGUUUUUAAUGAGGGCAACCUAGAAGCAAGCCAAUAUCUGAUUCUUACUGCUGAGCCGCGACACGGUAAAGACUGGGAAAUAACGCCGAUCGUGGCACAUUCAGAUACUACCGGGGAUAUUGAGGAACUGGUUCGAUUCGGUGACUCUAAUUUCAAUCCCCAUAGUGUUGACAAGUCUAUGGAUGAAUUGAUGAUCUCACAGGAUGCUACAUGUCAUGAAGUUCAAGCUGGAUGUCAUGAGGCUACUGUCCCUCCGGGUACACUCUCUAGACCCCCCUUGCAGGAUUUUGUGGUGCCUAUUCAAGCACCGGUUAACGGCUUUGUCGACCCAAAGAGGACACAGAUCUCCAAUAUGGACUCGAUUCAGGGUUCAGAUCAUUCCGAGAUUCCACUUAGCCUCAUAUCCCCGAGCGAAUAUUUCGUACAAACUGGGCACCCUGUACAAGACGCUAUACCUGCACCGACAUUUGUGCAACCUCAACGUCGUUUAAUGGAAUGUACAAGCUUAGUCAAACGAAAGCGGCCACGAGCGGAGAGUGUUGGGAAUAUAUUGAUUCCUUCUUUAGAAAGCCGAUUCAAUGCAUUGCCAACCCCUUCGCCGUCUGUUCUGUCCAAAGCCGGAUCUAUAAUGACACCUUCCUUGCUUACACCGUUUACCGCCAACACAACAGGUUUCCCUAUAUCAACCCACAUGAUAUUAGUUAUAUCGGGCAGACGGCCUGAGAUUUUUACAUUUAGCGGCAGCAUCUCAAACUCAAUAGACACGUUCGUCGAGUGGAUAAACCAUAAAUUCAACUUUGACUUUUUAGACAUGAAUCGAGAAUUCUGGUUUAUGAACGAAAGCGUUCCAUUAUACAACAAGGCUGCCGUUCUUGCACAGCUGGUUGCCUUCUGGGGUGAAUCUGGGGAUAUGUUCUUUAACAAAGUGAUCCCUUGGUUCUGGAUCGACAUGCCAUGUCGUUGCCUGAUCGAGAUGAACUCAACAUAUCGGCUGGCCAAUGACUUGAAAUUUACCAUAAACGAUUCUUUCUUCGAACUCUUACCAUGA